GCUUAGAAGGAAACGUAGCCUAGAUAACUAAUAUAUACACUGUAAUAUAUACUAUACACUCCGUAUAUAUAGAUAUUUUUCGUUUGAUGAUGUUCAGUUCGAAUCACGAAGUUCUUAAGAUCAGAAGAUAUUUGUAGUGAAAAUAUUCGUUCAAAAUGACUCUUUUAACACCAUAUUGGAGUCUGGAUAUCCUCAUCGUUUCCUCGUCCUUGAUGAUAGCUGCCUAUUUGUUCAUGACUCGGAAAUUCAAAUAUUGGUCGAGAAAAGGUGUUAUGGAGAUUACUCCCACACCCUUCUUUGGCAACUUUGCAAAUUGCGUAUUGUUAAAGAAAUCACCUUCAGAAUUUAUAAGAGAGUUGUACGAACAAAGCGAAGGAUUGCCUUUCAUGGGCUUUUAUAUUUUCGACAAACCGUUCCUUCUAAUUCGUGAUCCUGAACUCGUGAAACAAAUCUUGGUGAAAGAUUUUAAUAUAUUUGCGAAUAAACACAUAUCAGCGGAUAGUAAAAAUGAUCGUAUUGGAUAUUCAAAUCUGUUCGUAAUAAAGAAUCCCGCAUGGAAAUAUCUCAGAGGGAAACUUACGCCGAUCUUUACCUCGGGCAAGCUAAAAAAAAUGUUCGAACUAAUGUUGAUAAUCGGUAAAAAUCUGGAGAAACAUCUGGAAUCAUUGAAUUUGGAUGGCAAUGGAAAAGAAAUAGAAGUAAAGGAUCUUUCUGCGAAUUUCACCACUGAUUUGAUCGCUAGCACUGCGUUUGGAGUGGAUUUGAAUUCAUUGAAGGAUCCGAAUGCCGAUUUCCGUGUAUAUGGCAGAUUGAUCUUCGAUUACAAUAUUAAGCGCGCCUUCGAUUUCAUUUUAAUAUUCUUUUUGCCUACUUUGACCAAAUAUUUCUCUGUAAAAUUUUUCGGAAAAGCGACAAAUGCUCUCCGAAAUACUUUUUGGAGAAUGAUCAACCAACGAAUCGAAUCGAAUGUAAAAAGGAACGAUCUUAUCGAUUGUCUGAUCGAAAUGAGAGAGAAACACAAAAACCAGGAAAGUUUUGAAGGUUUCAAAUUCGAUGGAGAUGAUUUAGUAUCUCAAGCGGCUGUCUUCUUCACCGGUGGAUUCGAAACAUCCUCCACUACCAUAUCUUUUACAUUAUACGAAUUGGCAUUGAACCAAGAUGUACAAAAAACUCUCAGAACUGAGAUUCAUGACGCUCUAGCGCAAACUGAUGGAAAAAUCACAUAUGAUAUGAUAAUGAACUUACCGUAUUUAGAUAUGGUAAUAUCGGAAACUCUUCGCAAAUAUCCACCUCUUGGAUUCUUGGAUCGAGUCGCUCUUCAGGAUUACAAAAUAGCCAAUUCUGAUGUGACGAUAGAGAAAGAUACUCCUAUAUUCAUUCCUAUGAUUGGUUUUCACUACGAUCCUAAGUAUUUUCCAAAUCCAGAAAAAUACGAUCCUCUUAGAUUUUCCGAAAAUAUUAAAAAAUCUAGGCCAAAUUUCGUAUACAUGCCUUUCGGUGAGGGACCUCAUAUUUGUAUCGGUAUGCGAUUAGGACUUUUACAAUCGAAGCUUGGAAUUAUUGAAAUAUUGAAAAAUUAUGAAAUUUUACCAUGCGAGAAAACAAGAAUCCCGAUGGUUCUGAAUCCCAAAGCACUCACAACAACAGCAUUAGGAGGAUUAUACCUGAACAUUCGAAAGAUCACGACCGCGGCUGGUUAA